GCUUAAAAAGUCCAACUUACUCAGUGCCACACCGCGUCUUCUGGGCUCUCUGGGUAUUUCAUCGGCAAGAGAACUCCUUCCUGUGACUGUCAAUUGCUCACAGAGACUAUCUGCUUGAGACCUCAGUUUAGCCUUGCUACGCUUUUCAGUUUCUUUCAGCCUACGAUCUCAUUGAGGACAAUCCCGCUUAGCUCCACGAGACCUCCAAGCAGCAUCCAGGAACGGGACUCGUGCAGAGAUAGCUCGUCAUCAUGUCGGAGUCAUACGAGCCGGACUACGAGGCAGAGCCGCAGAAAGAAGACUUUGUGUCAAGACUUAUCGACAAAAUAGGAGAAGCAGUAACAGGUUCCGAUGACAAACAUGAGGAAGAGGCUUCUCCGGAAAACGAAGUUACACCUUCGAACAACGCACACAGGUAUGGCAGUUUUGCUCCUCAGAGGGGAAACAACGAAGUGAAAUGGCAUGUCGAUGGAUGCAACUACUUCCAUGCCGUGUCUCUGGCACUGGAAAGGGCCGAGGAGACUAUUUGGAUCCUGGACUGGUGGCUUUCCCCAGAGCUGUAUCUCAGACGGCCUCCCGCGCAAAAUGAGCAAUAUCGUGUCGAUCGAAUGCUCCAAGCUGCUGCCGAGAGGGGCGUGCAUGUCAAUAUUAUUGUCUAUAAGGAGGUUACCCAAGCAUUAACCCUGUCAUCUGAGCACACCAAACAACAUCUGGAAAGCUUGCACCCCAACAUCCGUGUGUUCCGCCACCCGGACCAUGCUCCCAAUAGCGAAGAAGUUAAAGAUACCAUACUAUCCAAGUUGAAAGGGUUGACUUUGGAUACUGCCAAACUAUCCAGUAUGUCCGGUGAGGACCUGAAGGAAAUUUAUGGUUCCAAGGAAGAGACAGUUCUUUACUGGGCACAUCAUGAGAAGCUGUGUCUCAUUGACGGCAAGAUCGCUUUUAUGGGCGGUCUUGAUAUGUGUUUCGGGCGUUGGGACACGAACCAACACGCGAUCACGGACUUCCAUCCCGCAAACCUCGACGAGAUCGUGUAUCCAGGCCAAGACUACAAUAACGCACGGGUCCUUGAUUUCCAGGACGUUGCUCACUGGGAGCAGAACCAGCUCGAUCGCAAAGCUACCCCACGCAUGGGAUGGUCUGAUAUAUCAGUCAGUUUACGUGGCCCUGUGGUAGAGGAUCUUCGGAGGCACUUCGUCGAGCGUUGGAACUUCAUUUGGGAGACAAAAUACAACGCCGAUCACGAUGACAAUCGGUAUUCCAAAUUGACCCUCCACAGAGGACCAGCAGGAGCUAGUCUCGAAGACAGAAGCAACGAGCAAGGCUGGGGCCUAUCAGGGUUUGGGCAUGCUCUGCAUGAUCGAUUCCAUCAUUAUAUUGGCGGAGAGGGGCAUCACGCCGGCGGUCAAUUUAAAUGCCAAAUUGUUCGAAGUUGCUCUCAGUGGAGCCAUGGAGUUCCCACCGAGCAUUCAAUUGCAGAUGCAUAUGCGGCUAUCAUCCGAGACAGUAAGCAUUUCAUCUACAUCGAAAACCAGUUCUUCAUUACUGCAACAGGUGAUGAACAGAAGCCCGUGGAAAACAAAAUUGGUGCUGCCAUAGUGGAGCGUAUCUUGCGAGCUGCCCGUGCUGGUGAGAAGUACAAAAUUAUAGUCGUGAUUCCUUCCGUGCCCGCUUUUCCUGGCGAUCUGCUGGAUGAUUCAAGUCUCGGUACUCGAGCGAUUAUGGAAUUCCAGUACAAUUCUAUCAACCGCGGCGGUAACAGCAUCAUGGAACUCAUUUCUAAGGAAGGAUAUGAUCCAGAGGAGUAUAUCAGAUUCUUCAACCUUCGAAACUACGACAGAAUCAACGGUGGCGGGGUGGCAUCCCAAAUCGAACGGGAGAGUGGUGUAGACUACGAGGAUGCCCGUAAACAACAUGAUAUCGCCACCGGAGGAUAUGGUGGAUACGGCCCAGGAGCUUUCAGCGCCGAUGCUGAGACCAGAGGCUCAUACGAGCAGUAUCAAGAGACCGCCCAGCAGUCGCGUGCGGGCAGCCGCUGGGACUCCGUCAGUGAGUGUUAUAUGCUCGGUGGAGAGGACAUCCGGAAUGUCCCAUGGGAAAACUCGGAUGAUAUGGAUGAGAUAGACGCCUUCGUUAGCGAAGAACUCUAUGUUCAUUCUAAGGUCCUCAUUGCAGACGACCGCAUCGUCAUUUGUGGUUCAGCAAACCUGAACGACCGUUCCCAGCUUGGUACUCAUGACUCGGAGAUCGCCAUCAUCAUUGAAGACCCGAGGCCUGUCGAGACCACGAUGGACGGCAGACCCUGGACAGCAAGCCGAUUUGCGACUUCCCUCCGUCGACAACUGUUCCGGAAACACCUUGGUCUGCUGAGAGCGCAGGACUGCACACAGCUGAACGCUAAUGCUGAGCCUGUCGGCGUGCCUAAUGUGGACGAUCUAGAUAGUGAAGAGAGCCAACUAGUUGCCGAUCCCCUGUCCGAUGAAUUCCAGGAUCUCUGGAUCUCGCGUGCUCAUACGAACACAGAGGUUUACCGGGAGGUCUUCCACCCAGUACCGGAUGAUACUGUCCGCAGCUGGGACGCCUACAAGGAAUUCUUCGAGAAUUAUUUCCACAAAGCCGUUGAAAAUGCCGAUGGUAAAGACGAGCUUCUCGAGAAACCAGCGAAGUAUCAAUGGGGCCACGUGGUCCGUGAAAACUUCCCCGAGGGCCCUGAAGGUGCUAGACAGGUGAAGGAAUUGCUUAGCAAGGUGAAAGGAACCCUGGUGGAGAUGCCCCUUGUCUUCUUAGCCGAUGAAGAUGUUGCAAAGACUGGACUCAGCUUGAAUGCCGUCACGGAGCCGAUCUACACCUGAUCUAUGACUCGAUGUCUGUGAUAUGAGUACUGGGUUCUUUCAGUUGGCUAUGUGCAUGUACAGAUAUCUAGACAUCGUCCCACAUACGUUUACCUAUGAUCUAAUUGGGAAUUGGAGAAGAAAUCUUCGAAUAUUCUUAGGAGCCGUGUAGACGCAGCGACUUCACUCUACGUUUAAGACGUCUCUAUGAUAACGCACAAUCUAC